UCGCUAUUAUUUACUUCAAUCGCGAAGCCAACUAGACAGCCAUCGAGACAAGCGUUCACCGGCGUACAUAGUAACCUUCUUGCCGAGGAGGCAUAUUGUUUACUCUGCAGCGUGUGGAGCACGCGCGAAACAAAAGGAACGGCUGCUGGCUGUUGUGUCUUGAGGAAAUUUCGUGGAAAAGGCAACACUCCGCGUUGCACGGAAAAGGGAUCGAUCAGAGAACGGCAAACGAAGCCCCAGUUACAAACCACACGGGCAAGGAGGAGAGCGGGAGAGGCACACCCAACCGUCCUCCGUAAGCGCACCGCGAUGGUUUCUCUGAGACUCGCGGCACCACAAUCGAGAGCCAGCAUCGUGCUCGCAUUGCCGCUGUUCGCAGCGGCGCUGGUGCUGGUGUGCGCCUCUCUUCUGCCCGCCGGGGCGGAGGCCAUGGCGCCGAAUGACGACGGCGCCGCCAACAGCUUGGGCCUAUUAGCGCAGGCCUGUGCGAGCUCGUUUUGCGGGCUAGGGGUGGACGCUCUGGAUCUGUGGUUGUCGCUGGAGGAGGUUUGCCGUACCGGCGCCUCGAACCAACCUUCCCCGGAAGGCGGCGGCGAGAUGGAGUUGGGGGUUAUCCAUGGCCGUGGGUGGGGCACGGCGGCUGCCGAAGGCGGCCACGGCGGCGACUGGUCCGCGAGCUCGACCGCGCUGGUGUGCGGCGGGGUGUUGGCGGUGUCGGCGCUCGUGGGCUUCCGAUCCGGGAUCAAGGUCGGCACGUGGACGAAGGAGGGCUACCCGGUGGCGUAGCGGCAGCGGUAGCGGCGACGACGAAAGUUGCGCCGCAGUGCACCGCACGCACCGCUGUUUGUUUUUUUCGUAUUUUGGGGGGCCAAGGGAAUAUUGAGGUUAUUUUUUGGUUUUGAAAUCGAGGCAGAGAGGCUGGGGGGAGAGGGGGGCCCGGGAAGAGCGGAUUUUUUGGAGAAGACGACGAGGAUAAGCCAGAUCGUCACCGCCGGGCGAGUUUUUUUUUCCACCGAAACGCCGCCUGUUUUUUCUAGCGUACGCGCACGCACCGGCGAACCAGAAAUCAGAGUAAGUUCUUUUUGUCUUGGUUGUGAGUGUGGGGGGCGGAGGAAGUGAAGUUGUCUGCGGCGGCAUGGCAUCCCGUGUUUCGUCGCUGUCUCCAUGUAUCUAUUCACGUUUAUCUUGAGAGCUUUGUUGCAGUGUGCUUGUAGGCGCUCUCCCGAUCCUGGAAAGCAUGGGAAGGGAAGGAGCGUUAGGGCUGAAUGACGCCGGAGGCCUAAGGCCAUCGGGAUCGUUCGCUCAUGAUCCCGUCGUUGGGAUCCCCGCUUGGUCCCUGCAAUUAUCGCUCAUUAUGUGUGGGUUCGACAAGUUUGUUCCUUGUGUGUUGCACGCCGUUCUCCGUGUGUGCGGGGUAUGUUCGCGAGGGGGGCAGCGUUUUUGUCUACUCUCGCUUGAAUUGUCCAGGAGAAGAGGGUUGGUACAGGUUUUAGUUUCCACAUGGGCGGUGUACGACGUAUUGAAAAGGCAGGGAAGGAAGUUGUGUUACCGUUUUCCACACCGCUUGCACAUCGUUUUCGUUUGUUUUGUGUGUCAUGUGUUGGGUUUGGUUUUGGUACUGCCGUGUGUGUCCGUGUGUGUUGCUGCUCAAUGCUACAACGUUUAUCGUGCGCAGAUGUUGGCAAGACAAGAGUUAUUACUUGUAGUUCGCAUCUGUAUCUCAUUAUGCCGUUCCUUUUUUGAAAGAGAGCAAGCAGCACGGAGUAAUGAUUGUUCAGAACGAACAGACAGGAGGGGCUUUUCGCAUUUCAGUGAAUCCAUGUGUGAACGCAAUGGACAAGAUAGAUGGGUGCCAGUAGGAGAGAGCCGCAGAAAAUCGUUUUUUCAACUUUUUUUUUUUUUGGUUGUGGAGACAAAAAUAACAACGUCCAUCGAUUUGGGUACGGCAUGUGGCCGGUGUGUUGCAGGGCCCUGUCCUCGUUUCGACGGAAAGAGUGGUCGCGGUUGGGAGGUUCACGACAACAGUCCUCGUGGUCAUAGCACGCGCGCACGUUCUCGACUAACUACCAUCGUGACUUGCGCUACAAAGCCUCGGAAUAUCUGAGGUUUUCUUAACUAGAUUCCUUGGCUGCGAGCGAUUAAUGUAUCCACUGGUUCGGAAUCACGAGAGAUUGCAUGGGGCACUAAACCCGAAGAGCUCCAAGUCAACCGUCGAACACGGCGAGACGAUAGCAGCUUUGCCCCCUCUGACUGCUGGAAAAGAGAGCGAAACGA